CAUUAUGACAGAUGUCUCCUCUCCUACGCUUGCGACAGCUGUCAAGUUCAACAUAGACUUGUGCAGUCAUCAUGAUAGCGACAAGAGGCUCACGAACAGAGUUGCCGCCUGCAUCGACCCAGCUGCGUCUCGACGACGGUCAUGCCACCCAGUGAACUCUACAGGCCAUGUCUGCAAGAAAAGUCCAGAGCGGUGUGCUGUCCAAUGCAUACGAUCGUGCUCGGAGCUUGAUAGCCGCAGAAACUAUCGCCAUCUCGGGAAUGGUCUCAUCGUGUGUGAAUCCCUUCGUCAGCCUGUACACAGUAAUUACCUCCUCCAACCACGGCGGAGAAUACACACAACAUCGUGAUAUCUGUCCGACCACGCCUACUCCAUGAUAAUAUCCGACAUGAAUUGCCGUUCGGAUUUGGCUUCAAAUACUGAGCAACGAGCUUGUCCAGACAACCGGAACAUUCGAAUCGCCUCUCUACGAGAGUCAGGUUUUGACUUAUUCCCUGUUAAACUUUCGACGACAGGGCAUCG